AUGGGAGAGAAUCCUCCUCAACCAUUGUUAAGAGACUACGACCACCCCAACGCAUUCCAACUUCGGAGUGGCAUACGUCUUCCCACCACAAAUGCAAACAACUUUGAACUUUCACCUCAACUCAUCCGUAUGAUUCAAAGCGAUCAAUUCGGAGGUAGUCCUCAUGAGUGUCCUUUUGCUCAUUUGGACAACUUUCUUGAGUUGUGUACAACUAUCAAGCAAAACAACAUUUCGGAAGAGUUCAUCCGUAUGCACAUGUUUCAAUUCUCCCUCCGUGAUAAAGCAAAACAUUGGUUGAGAACGGUUGAAGAGGGAUCAUUGAGUACAUGGGACGAAGUCACUAGAGCCUUUCUUGGAAAGUAUUGUCCUCCGGAAAAGACCGCCGAACUAAGAAGAAAGAUCACCAAUUUCAAUCAAGACAUUGAUGAAACAUUGAGUGAAGCUUGGGAGCGUUUCAAAGAUUACACAAGGAAAUGCCCCCACCAUGGUUUUACAUCAUGGAUCAUUGUACAAAGCUUCUAUGACGGUCUUACUCCUAUUUCAAGGGCCAACCUUGAUUCCGGGGCCGGUGGUAGCCUCAAAAAGCUAUCGGUGGACGAUGCAUACAAGAUGAUUGAAGAAGUGGCCAAGCAUUAUGCAUAUGGAGGUGAUAGAAGGCAACCUCAAACAAAGAAAGGCGGAAUUCAUGAUCUUAGUGCAAUAGAUCUUAUUGCAUCAAAGUUUGAUAUGCUAGCUCACAAGCUAGAUCAAGCCACCCUCACACCCUCAAGCUCUUCCUCGCAAGUCAUGUCUUGUGAGACUUGUGGAGGAAAUGAUCACUUGUCCUCCUAUUGCAACUCAACGAAUCAAGAGCAAGCGGCGGCAAUUGGGCAAAGGAAUGAACAAUACUCCCAAUCCCACAAUCAAAGUUGGAAGCCCCAACAUAACACGGGAUGGAAGCAAUACAACCAAGGCCCCCCACAAAAUAACUACAACCAAAAUCAAACCCAACCUCAAAACCACUACAACCAACCUCAAUCACAAAACCAACAAGCUCUAUACCGCCAUCCCAACCAAAGGGAUCAAAACCACCAAAGAUCACAAUAUAACCAACCCGCUCCUCCUCCUCCACCUCCUCAAAAGACUAGCCUUGAGUCCGUUCUAGAAACUUUCAUGACUCAACAAAUAAGGAACAAUGCGGAGAUGAAUGCAAACAUCCAACAACUCCAAGCACAUAAUAAGAUAAUGGAGGGCCAAUUGGCUCAAAUUGCACAACAAGUUGGAAGUUCAUCCUCCAAUCCUAGUGGUCACUUUCCAAGCUCAACGGUAGUGAACCCAAAGGAGCAAGCUAAGGCUAUCACUUUGAGAUCAGGAAGGGGUUAUGAGGGCCCGGUUAUGAGUGAGGAGGAGCCACAAAAGAGAGAUGAGGGAGUUGUGGUGAGAAGUGAGGAUGAUUUUGAAAAUGAAGUAGUUGAAGUUGAGAGAUAA